UUCUCUGAAUUUUGUGAGCCGGCCUCGAGUAUAGCAUUAGCAUAAUCCCGAAUAUUGACGAAACGAACAGAGUAGCUUGUUAAUCUCGUCCAGUGGCUAUCCGACUGCUGUAUCAUCGAUCAAUACCACUUCGUCUGAUGCGUCCCUCUCUACCGGAACGUCGACACCAACCUUCAACCUGACAACUUCGACAACACCCGUCACCAUUUUGACCUCGACUAUAUCAGGACCUCCACUGAGCUGGACAACUAGCAAUGGAACAUUUGUCCUGGGGUCAUCGACCACACUGAUGGCAAGCAGCACUUCUGCAGCCGGGAACGACACUGCCGCUGGGAGCACAUCCACCAGCGCAGUCUUGCCCAGAGCAACUUGCGCGUCCAUCACAAUCGGAGACGUUACAGCUCGAGGAGCAUGCGGAUGCAACUACAACAUUCACACCUGCCUGGAACGUCUUUCCAACUUGAGCGAAUGGUCAAACUCGCAGACGACCGAAUCGUUUAAUGGCUGCAUGGGAGCUUGUGACUCGGAGCCAAACUGUUUCAGCUUCACGUGGCAGACAAGCAAUGGGGUGUGUAGAAUGUUUGGUGGCAUGUUGAAUGGAGGCGCGGGGGUUGUCUCUGACGCAGAUUUCAUCUCUGGAGAGGUUGUCAAGGGAUCCUGCACCGGAAGCUGCUCUGGGUAGUGAGGGGUGGAGUUGAAUGGCUUGCGACGCUGCCGUCCACGUGUUUG